AUGCAACGUUAUUUGUUGCUACUGCUGGCCAUCGAGAAAGUUGUAUCAUAUAAGCCGGUGUCGGUGAUCCAUCCUGUUCAUAUCAUAGUUCCAUUACCAUUAGAAGAUGAUACUGAAGAACUCAAAAAUCCUUUUGGACUGACUAUUCUCAAGGUUAGACCAGUAAUUGAUCUCGCGCUAGACGAUGCCUACAGAAAAUUCCAGUAUGUGCCACCCGACUCUAUGGCUAUCACCUAUCGUGAUAGCCGAUUGUCAGAUGCACAUGGGCCAAAUGUAGCCAUACAGCAGUUAGUUAAGGGUAUUCCUGUGAUCACGCCAAUCGGGUUAACAAUGAACCUCGACAACAAAUUGGAAUACCAAACAUUGACUAGGAUUAGUGGUCCAUAUAAGGUAUGUGCUUUUCUUUUUUUCUUGGCACAUAGUGAGUCUUAUGUGGAGCAUACUUUGAUAUGUAAUUUAAAAUGGGAAAAAUUUCCAUUAGUGUAGAA